UGCAGAGAUGGACGUCUUUUUAAUGACGACGACCAUCUUCACAGACGCCAAGGAGUCCAGUACGGUGUAUGAGCUGAAAAGAAUUGUUGAGGGGAUACUUAAGAGACCCCCAGAAGAACAAAGGCUAUACAAGGAUGACCAACUGUUGGGUGACAGCAAAACCCUCGGAGACUGUGGCUUCACCAGCCAGACAGCACGACCUCAGGCCCCAGCAACAGUUGGCUUGGCCUUCAGAGCCAGUGAAGAUGCCUUUGAGCCCCUCCACAUUGAUCCCUUCUCCAGCCCCCCGGAGCUCCCAGACGUGAUGAAGCCCCAGGACUCUGGCAGCAGCGCCAACGAGCAAGCGGUGCAGUGAGAGACCAGAGGGCGACAGAGCGAGCUGCACAACCCGUGGCGCCCCUUCCCCACCACCCACUCCCUCCCUCAACCCUCCAGCGUGGAGAGAGACAUGGCACUGUCCCACCCCUCCAAUC